CACAAUGGAGCAUGAAGAGGGGGUGUCGGUCGUGGACAACAUAGUCACCCAGUUUAAUACUUAUGAAGAUUUUCUGGACUCGCAGAUUACCACACUGGACCUCUAUUACCUGGAGGACGAAGACCUGGCCCGCCAGCUGGUGGAGCUGGGCUACAGAGGGAGUGGAGAAGUCGCAAGAAGGGAAGAUUUUGAAGCAAGGAAGGGAGCUAUUGAGAUAGCAAGACUUGCAGAAAGGACUCAGAAAAA